AUGUUUGCCCCAGACGAAAAGGAGGUGGGAUCUGGAGAGGCAGAAGGCAUCUGGAGGGAAGAAGCCGUGUUGCGACGGCCAUUGCCCAAGGCGUUGACGGUCCCCCCACUAUGGAGACGUCGGAGAAGAGCAUACGGACAGACCAAAGAUAAGCAAGUUCGCUUCUGCUCGCUCAGACCCAUUGGACGAAACCUCAUCCGCAACCCCUGUGGACAAGAAGGCCUCCGGAAGUGGAGGGCACUGCAUGGUGGGGAUGGCUGGGUUGUGGAGAACAACUUGGUACCAGUGCCUGGGGCGCCUUCUCAGACCUGCUUUGUCACCUCAUAUGGUUGGUGUUCAAAGAAGCAGAUCCUGAACCUGGAGGCUGAGGGCCUGUGGCCAGAACUGCUGGACAGUGGCAAGAUUGACAUCUGUGUCUCAGACUGGUGGGGAGUCCGACAUGAUUGUGGUGGUUGGUACCAACUCCUUGUCCAACUUCUAGAUGCCAACAAGACUGUCCUAGAUGAAUUCUCUGCCACGCGUUCCUCCAUUGCACACCCGAAAAGCAUGUAUUUUCAGGUCACCCACGUCUUCUCCAACAUCAAGGUGGGCGUCCGUUUUGUGUCUUUUGAACACGCAGGCAAGGACACGUUGUUCUGGGCCGGCCACUAUGGAACCCGCAUGACCAACUCCAGCGUGACCGUGCGAGUCAGCCAGCCCUAGUCAAGGCUGCUCUUCCUGCAAGCCCGCCUGGCUGUGCCUUCCAGGAGCCAGAGCCAUUGGUCGGGUCCCCUCACUAACCAAGUGCCUGUGUUUCACGCGAUCACUGGGAACUCCAGUUUUUGGGCUGUGCAACUACUGAAAAAGGGGCUUCCAUCUGAUCUACCCGCUGCUGCUGCAUUAUCUCAGGGAGAUGCUCUACUUGGCCUAGACCCCCAGUGUGGGUGGGGCAUGCUGGUCCUGGAGAUGGAAUCUUACCCUCCCAGCUCCCUCCCAGCAUCCUCCAGUAUCAGCCCAAGCACAUGUGCCCUGACCCUGAAGUUGGCCCCAUCUGUUUCUGCUUCACACACUCUCCUGGUCCCUUCAGGGAAGGCUCCACUCGCCUCUAACCUUAGCUUGGUCGCUUACAGCUACCAAGUUCUAGCCACUCCAUGUCAUGAACUCCACCUCUUGGGGCUUCCUAGCCUUCCUAGCUAAGACUUGUCUUGAAGCUGAAUAUAACUAGGUUACAAAAGAAACAAAGAGGCAGAGAUGAAUCUGCC